UCUUCGUCGUCGUCUUCUUCCUCACACACUCGAAGAAACUCUGCUUAGCAUACAGAUCUUGUAGCGUAAAAGUUUCCAUCAAUGGAUGAAGCAGAGAGUUUCUGCAAAUCAAUGGAGGAAGUUAGAGGUGGUGCCUUCGAAAUGUUGACCUGCGUUGCUCAGCUGAAAGGCGUAGUGAAGCAUAAUAUGAUGGUUGAAGCCGAGAACAAGAGUAAGUCUCAAGAGCUGCAGAAUCUGAGCUCAGACCUUGGUAAAAAGGUUGAAACUUUCGAAAAGGAGAAGUCUGAAGCUGGUGACUUGAAGAAGCUGUGUGAGGAAGAGCUGAAGCUGAAGAGAAAUGAGGUGGCGGCAAAGGAGAAACGGUGGCAGCGUUUGGCUGAGGUUCAGAGGCUUUGCAGCGAGGAGACGGAUAAAAAGAAGGACGAGUGGGCGUUGGUUCUUGAGAAGAUUAAAGAAUCUGAGAAGCAGUUUGAGAUGAAGUCAUUGGAGUUAGCUUCUAAAAAGAAGGAGUUGGGACUUGUGAGAGAGUCUAUUGAGGUUUCUGAUUCCGAGCUUGAGCUGAAAAAGAAAGAUUUGGAGCUGACUCUUUCCAAGAUUGAAGAAUCUGGCCAGCAGCUUGCCGAUGUGAAUGAGCAACUCGACCUGAAGUCCAAAGAGUUGGAGGAGAUUGAAAGAGAGCUUAAGUUGAAGAGAUACUUGAGAGAAAUGAACACUGUGUUUGUUAAGCGUGAGAAGCAGCCAAUCAGUGUCAGCAGCCAACAAAAUGAUGCAGAAGAAGAAACUGAACUGAUUGAUACUUUCACGCUUCAUGGAAUCUCAGCAUCUCUUCUGCGCCAUGAAAUCACAAGCCUUCUUAGAGAUACACCUAAUCCAGCAGAAUUUGUUCUGGAACGAGUGCAGGAUGGAAUUAGACAAGGAUCAAGUUUUCAGGACACGUUCUUGGAGACUUUGGUUCUUAUUUUUGAGGAGCUAGCCAAAGUUCAACAAUUGGAUGAGGUAGCCAAAACUCAAGGACCAGACAAGUCUCAGCUGCUGCAGCUCCAAGCCGCAGAAGUGGCAGCUCUAUGGAAAGAGAAGAUAGCUAUCAAAGCACCAAGAUCAUCUCUCGAGGCCUUGGCCUUUCUUAUGUUCAUCAUGGCAUUUGGAUUAAAGACAUUGAUCAACGAAGAAGAAGCUGCUUUACUUGCUUGGUCUAUUGCUCAAUACGAACAGGCACCUAUGCUCUUUGAGUAUUUGAGUAUCAGCCUUACAAUCCGAGAGGUUGUUGAAGAGCUUAUAAAGAAAAGCGAAUAUAUUUCUGCAGUCAGGCUUAUAUGUUUGUUUAAGCUUGAUAAAGAGGUUUCAUUCUCACCUUCAGAGCUCUUAAAGAAAGAGAUCAUCAGUUUCAGAGGUUCUGCUCUUGAAAACAGAUCCAAUGAAUCCUCACAGGCUAAAGAGAAAGAUGAUGGAAGGUUGAGAGCUAUACUUGAACUCGUGGCGGAUUAUCAGAUUGGAAUAGAUCUUCCAGGGGACCUCAUAGCCAAGCUCAUGGUUCAAGGAGAAAGAUCAGCCCCUGUAGUUCGUUUCUCUGUCGAGCAUGACACCUCCUCAUCAACGUCACAAGCUGAGCUGAAGAAGAAACAGUUGGGAGGGACAGAAACGGUGCUUGUGAGGCAUACUGGUGUGGAUGAAGAGAAUCUUGGUACAACUUUGCCAGCUGAUGUUAAUCCCAGCAAUGAAACAUCUAACGGCAAUCAUCCUCCUCUCAUCCACACAUAUCACAGGAGAAGGAACUGAAGAGAAGGUUACACUCGAGCUAAUUAAGUGUUUAAAUAAAUAACCGUAGUUAUAUGACUUGUAUGUUGUAAGUCCUAAUGAUAUGGUCUGUAAGGCUAACUAGUAGGGAAACUAAACAGAGAGGGUGAAUCUCUUGUGUUGGUUGGUUAGAUUGCGUCUCAGUUGUUAUC